GUCAUAUGUUCGCGUAUUUCUUGACUGGUUGCGUUGCGUGGUUAGGAUCGCUAUGAUUAUCACGAUUGUAUGAUCGCCGCGUUACGAUCGAUGACUCGUGAUGAUAUUUAUUUUGAUAUUUCACUGAAAUAUCUUCAAUUCUGCAAAAGGAAUUCCGAUUCUGCAAGAGAGGAUGUUAGGCGUAUUGUGUGGUCAUCUGCUACGCGAAGUACCGUGCGAUAAGAUACACUGGAGCACGAUGAGAAAUUUGUAUCACGCCGGUAUUCCGACACGAUUAAUAUUAUCCAACAGAUACUACAUUGCUGGACGUAAUUCUACGUUUUCUCUCCGCAGUGUCAGGUGUUGCAGUGGCAAUGUAAUCGACCGUGCCCAGAAGAAAAAGAGCGUACCCCAAUCUAAAUCUGUCGUGCCACCAAUAAAAUUUGCGUCGGUUGUUGCUGGAUUAACCGGAGCGAAACCUGGUCAGCAAAAGCGAAAUUGUUUUCAUCCUGGCGUUUCUAGUUUGAAUAGAGAUGCGCUUAGCUUACAAAAUAAAGCAGAGAUCACCGGCGGAGAUAUGUUAAAGGCUAUGCUUAAAUACAUUUGGCCGGAAGAUGAUCCAGAUAUACGGAAAAGAGUCAAAAUAGCGAUAGGUCUACUCGUAGGAGCCAAAGUAUUAAAUGUCUUUGUACCAUUUAUUUUCAAGUAUGCAGUAGAUACUUUAAAUGCUCAUACUGCAGUAGCAACUGGAACUGCUGUAAUGGGUUUAACAACCGCACCUGCGACAGUCGCAACUGUAGCGACGUCGUUACUCGUAGGAUAUGGAAUAGCACGGGCUGGAUCAGCUGGCUUUAACGAACUUAGAAAUGCGGUCUUUGCGAAGGUCGCACAGCAUUCUAUUCGUAAAAUAGCGAAAAAUGUUUUUAUACAUUUGCAUAAUCUUGAUAUGGCUUUUCACUUGAGCCGGCAGACCGGUGCUUUAUCGAAGACGAUCGAUCGUGGCAGCCGUGGUAUUAAUUUUGUUUUAAAUGCUAUGGUGUUUAAUAUCGUACCUACAAUAUUUGAACUAGCAUUAGUUAGCGUAAUACUGGGAAUAAAAUGCGGACCGGAGUAUUCAGCUGUGGCACUGGGUUGCGUGGGAAUCUACACUGCGUUCACGUUAGGCGUUACGCAAUGGCGCACCAAGUUCAGAAUUCGUAUGAAUCAAGCGGAAAACGAAGCGGGCAACAAAGCUAUCGAUUCGCUCAUUAAUUAUGAAACAGUAAAAUACUUCAAUAACGAGAGGUUUGAAGCCGAAAGGUAUGAUCAGUCUUUGAAAAAGUACGAGAUGUCGUCUCUCAAAACUAGCACGAGCUUAGCGAUGCUAAAUUUCGGGCAGAACGUUAUUUUCAGCAGUGCACUAAGUCUCAUCAUGGUAUUGGCGGCACAAAAUAUAAUAAAUGGUACCAUGACUGUCGGCGAUCUAGUGAUGGUGAAUGCCUUGUUAUUCCAACUUUCGGUUCCAUUGGGUUUCUUAGGUUCUGUCUAUCGAGAAGUGAGACAAGCUUUUAUCGACAUGCAAACUAUGUUUACUCUCAUGACAACAGACACUGCGAUUAAAUCAAAAGAAAAUGCACUAAGAUUUUACGUCACACCAGACACCUCGGAAAUUCAGUUUAAAAACGUGAAUUUCCAAUAUAUUGAAGGGAAACCUAUUUUUGAAAAUGUAUCGUUUACUAUACCGAGCGGCAAGAAGGUCGCUAUUGUUGGAGGAUCUGGUUGUGGUAAGACAACAAUUGUAAGAUUGUUGUACAGAUUCUUUGAACCACAGAGCGGCAAUGUUUACAUUAACAAUCACAAUAUUCGAGAUGUAGAUUUGGAGGAUCUUAGAAGCUGCAUAUCAAUCGUGCCACAAGAUACGGUGCUCUUUCAUGAAAGCAUAUUUUACAAUCUGCACUAUGGUAAUUUGAGAAAAUCGCAUGAUGAAGUUUUCGAGGCUGCAAAAAUGGCCAAUUUACAUGAUUCCAUAUUAAAAUGGCCACAAGCUUACGACACACCUGUGGGUGAACGCGGGUUGAAAUUGAGUGGAGGAGAAAAGCAGAGAGUUGCAAUCGCGAGGGCAAUUUUAAAAGACAGCCCUAUAUUGAUCUUCGAUGAAGCUACUUCCUCAUUGGAUUCCAUCACGGAACACAAUAUACUUGAUGCUCUACGUAAAGCAACAGAGAAACGGACCUCAAUCGUGAUCGCGCAUCGUUUAAUGACAGUCAUGGAUGCCGAUGAUAUACUCGUUUUAGAUCAGGGUAAUUUAAUUGAGAGAGGCACGCAUGAAUCUUUAUUAGCUACACCAAAUUCUUUAUAUAGCAAAUUAUGGGAAACUCAACAUUUGGGGAUGAGGAAGUCGCAGGAAGAAAGUAAGGCUGGACAAUGCGUUUAAAAACAGUGUAACAUAGGUAAUAUAAAAAGUAUCUGUUUUAUAAUUGUUAAAAGUUGACUAUAUGAAAUAUUUUAUGACAUUGUGAAAUUUAGCAAAUAUGAAACAAAUGAAAGUCAUUUUAGAUAUGAUAAUGAAAUGUUGUAGUAUUGAAUAUACAAGUGUGAAUUUAAGGAUAACCAGGUUUAUAUAUAAUUAUUCUGUAAAAGUCAAAGUAUAUAUAUUACAUAAUUUAUAUAUUAUAUAACUAUAUAUAUAUUUAAAUAUGUAUAUAUAUUACAUAAUUUAAAUAGUAAUAAAUUAUGUAAAUAGUUGAACUAUUACAGAUAGCUUCUUCUUUGUAUAAAAUGUUCUGAUCUUUUAACUAAUUAGCAGCAACAUGUUUCAAAAUUAUUACUUUUAGAAAAUGUAUACAUAUAAUGAUAAGAUUGCGUGUCAUGUGUUUUUAUAUGGAUGAUUUGUAACAUACUGGAACUUAUAAAAAAUAAUAUAUGGAGAUUAGCCAAAGCAUGAUUAAAAUAUAAAUAAAUAAAACAUUUGACUAGAAGAAGGUUUAUUUAGCUUUCUUUGCAAAAAUUAAGCUAGGAAUUAAAUAUAGGGUAUAUAAU